AUGGCUGUCAAGGACUUCGAAACCGUCCUCAAGGCCAAAUACCCCGGCAAGGCGCAUGCCAAGCGCGUUGUCGACCUCAUCCGCAAGACGAAGCCCGAUGCAAAUGGCGUCAUCUACCUCGAGGGUCGCAUGACCAAGCUGCUGGAGGACAAUGAUUCUCCCGAGCACUUCAGACAACGCCGAUACUUCUACUACCUCACCGGCUGCAACCUCGCCGACUGCACCUUUGCCUACGACAUACAGGCUUCCAAGUCAAUCCUCUUCAUCCCUCCAAUCGACCCUGAUGAUGUCAUCUGGUCUGGUCUCCCUCUCAGUAUUGACACUGCACUGAGCCGUUACGAUGUCGACGAGGUCAAAUUCACCACCGACGUCAACGCGACCCUCUCCCAGCUUGCCAAGCAGAGUCCCGAUUCGACCGUCUUUGCCAUUGCCAACCAAGUCUCCGAUAAUGUCACCUUCCUCGACUUUGGAAACAAGGAUUUCGAGACUGUCAAGAAUGCCAUUGAAGUCUCCCGCGUUGUCAAGGACGAAUUUGAAGUCGCCAUGAUCCACAAGGCCAACCACAUCUCCAGCCUGGCACACAAGGCCGUCAUUGAGCGUUCCAAGACGGCCGCUACCGAGCAGGAACUAUAUGCUACCUUUUUGGAGCGAUGCGUCUCGCACGCUGCUCCUGAGAUGGCUUACCACCCCAUCAUGGCUGCUGGAAAGGCCGCUGCCACACUUCACUAUGUCGACAACAAUGCUCCCCUUAGCGGCAAGCAAAAUUUGCUGAUUGAUGCUGGUUGCGAGUGGAACAAUUAUGCCUCAGAUAUUACAAGAACCUUUCCUCUGACUGGCAAAUUCACCAAGGAAUCCAGAGACAUCUACGAUAUUGUCCUGAGAAUGCAGAAGGAAUGUACAGAACUCAUCAAGGGGGGCAUGCUCUGGGACGACCUGCACCUCCAUGCUCACAAGGUUGCCAUUGAUGGACUUCUUUCCCUCGGCAUUCUCAAGGGAGACGCCAAAGAGAUUCUCGACGCCCGCACAAGCGCUGCCUUCUUCCCCCACGGUCUCGGACAUCACCUGGGCAUGGACACCCAUGACACUGGCGGCAACCCGAACCCCAACGACAAAGACAAGAUGUUCCGCUACCUGAGACUGCGUGGUCAUGUCCCCGCUGGUGCCGUCGUCACUGUCGAGCCUGGCAUUUACUUUUGCGACUUCAUCAUCAAGCCAUAUCUUGAAGACUCUGUGCACAGCAAGUACAUUGACGCAGCCGUACUUGAGAAGUACUGGGACGUCGGUGGUGUUCGAAUCGAGGACAACAUUUAUGUCACGGAAAACGGCUAUGAAAACUUGACCACGGCUAUUAAAGAAGUGAGCGAUGUUGAGGCCGUGUCGGCCAAAUAA